UGUUGUGAAAUUAAAAGAAUUUCAGCAUAAGAAGGUGGUUAUUGCAAAUCAUCUUCCUGGUACUAAAGGUACCAUACAGAGAACAGAAAUGUCACUUUGGGAGAGUAUAAAUUUGGACCACUUUUCAUGAGGUUGUGCUACGAGUUGGAUCUUGAGGAAUCUGCAUUGGAACUCAUCAAAGACCAGCAUUUACGAGGUUUCUUCUCAGACACCACGUCAUUCAAUAUUUUGAUGGAUAUGUUAUUUAUUAAAGGCAAAUAUACAAGUGCGCUGGAAGUGCUGAUAGAGAUGAAAAACCAAGAUGUGAAAUUCAACAAAGAAACCUAUGUCCUUGCUUUUGCAAUUUGCUACAAACUGAAUAGCCCUGAAUCUUUGAAAAUCUGUACUACAUUAAGAGAAGAAGCCCUAAUCAAAGGAGAAGUCCUCUCCAGGAGAGCAUCCUGUUUUGCUGUGGCACUAGCUCUGAAUCAGAACCAGGUGGCGAAAGCUAUAUCAAUUUUUUCUCAAAUCAUGAAGCCAGAAAGCAUUAUCUGCACCAAUUUAAAUAUUUUGAUUCAUAUCCAGUCAAAUAUGUUGAAAACCCUGAUAAAGAUAUUAAAGGAUGCUGCAGACGGAAAUUUAUCAAAAUUUGUGAAAAGACAGGAGUUCUCAGAAGAAGUGCUGGCCAAAGCAAGGAAAAAAGUGAAGGAUGUGCCCACCCUUCUCGCCAAAUUUGAUGAGAUCUAUGGGAAACUCCACAUUAAUGGCCAGGUCACCACUUGCACUUUGGAUACUCUCCUCUGCCACACCCCUGGGGACAGAAAAUCCCACAUGGUACUAUUAAGUAAGAGGACAGUCAGCCAUCGGACCUUCCAGCCUCUCAACCAGUCUCUGUGGGCUGAAUAACCCUAUGCUCAAGUCACUCAUGGGUCUGAGCUGGAAGGGGCCUCCCAGUGAGUUAAUGGCUUCCUAAGAAAUCAGGCAUUGUACUCCAGUGGAUGCUCUGUUAACAAACACUUGGUCUCCUUAAAUUUCUGAGUUGAUUUCGAACUGUCAUGCUGAUCUGAGAAGUUAAUGUUGUGCCACCGUGAAGAUCUAAAUCGAGUCCAGCAGAAAGCUCCGCUCCCUCAGAAAGGACACUUCCUGCGUAUAAAGUUCUAAGGAUCCUUGAAGGAACAUGACUAUGGUCUCCAGUCCAACUGCCGGUACCAGCGUAGAACCAAGUAAGCACUAGUGGGAAGGAAAUUGCCAUAAGUGGUCAACUCCAGUAAAUUUUGGGGGGAGUAGUUACUUGCAGACCAUACUCUUGCUGAUUUCAGGAGGUCUGAAACCCUAUUUUGCUACUGUGGGCAAUGGCUCAGGAUGUUCUCACUAUUUCUGUCAUCAUCUGUCUGUGACCCUAAAUAAGAUGCUUGUGAAUCUGCAUAUUGACUUGAAAUUUUCAUUUAAGUUUCAUUAGGGUCACAUUUUCUAAAAAAUGAGAGAAAUAAAAGAUUCCUGAGAAGAUAUCUUGAAGUUACGUUUUGUUUUCUCAGCAGCACAAACUAACCCAGGACUUAGCUCUCAGAAGUGAUAAGUUAACCAAAAUUUAAAUGGUUAUUACUGUGGUCAUAGGCAGGCCAAUUGCUUUUCAAAAUAAAUGCCAGCAAAGACACAUAUGCUCUCUGUAUUUUUUGUUUGUUUUUUAAGUAUUUGGUCCUACAUUUCAUCUUAUUGAUGAUCUUCUCUUUUCUCUUGGAAUGCUUUAUUUUUUUGUAAAAGUAAAUGUGUCCUGACAGCAGGUUAAAGUUUCCUCAUUCUGAUCAGUCACACGAUAGUUUGAAACACAGCACCGGUGAGUUGUGCCUUUUGUUUCUCAAGGCCCACGUGAUGUUCGCACCUUUCACCCAUCUUCCUAGAGUUCUGUAUACUCUUUCUUCAGUGCUGCUUCAAAAAGUGAGGUUUGGGG